AUGCGCGGCAUCCUUGCCCAACCAGUCCGGCUCGCGCGGGUUGUGCGCCCUGCGCCCCGCGCCGUGCUGCAGCCUUCCGUCCGCUGCGCGCCGCGGACACCAAGCGUCCUCUCGCACCUGCCCAAGCGGCCGUUCUCGACUUCCGGCCCGAAACGCUCCCGCUACGACAGAUGGGACCCGUACGGUGGACAGGGGCAGCCGGGCGGCGGGCGCCAGAACGUCCAGAACUACGUCAAGCGACGCCUCGGCGGCGACCGUGGCGUCAAGAUCUACGCGAUCGGAAUCGGCGUCGCCCUUAUUUACUAUGUGUGCCACCUCGAACGUGUUCCGGAGACGGGAAGACUGCGGUUCAUGGACUGCUCCGUCGACCAGGAGACUGAGAUUGGACUGGCGACCUACCAGGAGACGAUGCAGCAGUUUGGUGGCCAGAUCCUCUCGCCGAAUCACCCCAUCUCGAAGCGCGUGCGGCACAUUGCGACCCGCAUCGUCGAGGGCAACAACCUAGGCAAGAUGAAGCAGGGCCACUCGCUCGGCGCCGUCGAGGGACCGGGAUGGGGACAAGACCUCGAGUACAUCUUCGGCGAGGGCGUGCGCAAGAACCGCAACCCGAACCUCCCCGCAGACCUGAAUGAGUGGGAGGUGUACGUCGUCGACGACCCGAAGACGCAGAACGCUUUCGUCAUUCCCGGAGGCAAGAUCUUCGUCUUCACUGGCAUCCUGCCCGUUUCUGGCAAUGAUGACGGACUCGCUACUGUCAUGGGACACGAGAUCGCGCACGUCGUCGCCCGCCACGGUGCCGAGCGCAUGUCCCAGAUGAAGGUUCUGUUCGGUGUCUCACUCCCCAACUCGCGCACGAACGAGACCGAGGCCGACAACAUCGGUCUGAAGCUGAUGGCACGCGCGUGCUACAACCCGGCCGAGGGACCUCACGUCUGGGAGCGCAUGACCGAGGUCGAGGGCAUGCGCGGCGGCAACAACCUCGACUUCAUGUCGACGCACCCUGCGUCUAAGAAACGCAUUAAGGCCCUGCGCAAGGAGCAGCCCGAGGCCAUGGCCGAGCGCGAGAAGCACUGCGGUGCCGCUGAGGCCGCCAUGGAUGGUGGAUUCCGCGACCAGCUCGGAGGAUGGACCAAGAACAACAACACGCCGGUGUGGGCUUAG